AUGGCUGACAGUAUGGAUGAAGACAUGCCGGAAGAGGAAGAGGCUCCUCUCCGGAAGGAUCUCACCUGUCCAGUCUGUCAUGGCAUCUUCCAGGACCCCGUGCUGCUGCCCUGCUCCCACAGCUUCUGUCGGGAGUGUCUGCAGAAAAGCAUCGAGUUCAACAAGAAUUGCCCCUUGUGCAGGGAAGUGGUGCCGGAGGGCGUGCAGCCCACCUCCAACCGCGCGCUCAGCGACGCGUGCGAGACUUUCGUCAAACAGUCCAACUGGAGGUCGAGCCAGAAACCUCCAAGUGAUGAGUUCACCUGCAGCCUGCACCUGAAGCCUCUGGAGCUGUACUGUGAGAAGGACGAGGAGCCGGUGUGCGUGGACUGUGUCACUCUGCACAACACACACAUGCUGUGGCCACUGAAAGAGGGGGCUCCGAUGUGUAAGAAGGAACUGCGCUUCAAAGUCCAGAUUUUUGAAAAGAAAGUGGAAACAUACAAGAAAAUGACACGUAAACUCAGUAACGCAGUGGAGCACAUCAAGUAUCAAGCUGAGCAGGCAGAGAAGCAGGUCAAGGCGGAGUUUGAGAGGCUCCACAAGGCGCUUGUCACAGAGGAAGCUCUGCGUCUAAAAGCCUUGGCUACGGAUGAGGAGCAGAAGAUUGCUGCGUUACAUGAGCUGAUUGAAAAAACAAACAAGGACAUUAUCGCUUUGAACAAGCUCAGUGAUAAUCUGAAGAAAGAGAUGGGCAACGAGGAUCUACCCUUCCUGCGGAAUUUCCAGAAGUUAAAACGAGAAGCCCAGUGGACUCGUGAAGAACCUGCCCUCACUGAUGACUGUCUUUUGAACAUGGGCAAGCAUGUCGGUGCUUUGAGCUUCAACAUCUGGAAGAAGAUGCAGGCCCAUGUCAAAUAUAAUCCAGUGGUGUUGAACCCGAACACCGCCUCUCCAUGGCUGUUCUUGAACGCUGACCUGUCCAGUGUGAAGGAAAGCACAGAGCGGCUGACCACCCCUGACAACCCGGAGCGCUUUGAUCCCUGCGUCUUUGUCCUGGGUGCCGAAGGUUACACCUCUGGGAAACACAGAUGGGAUGUCAUUGUUGGUGACAACCCCAAGUGGAUUGUGGGAGUGUGCAAAGAGUCAGUGCCCCGUAAAAAGAAGUUCACGGUCUCAACGAACCGUGGCGUGUGGUCCAUAGGACUGAGCAAAGGGGUGUACACCGUUUCAACACCUGAGCGUACAGAGCUGCAGGUGCAGCAGCGCCCUGAAAGGAUCCGCAUUAAGCUGAAUAUAGAUAAGGGAGAGGUGUCGUUUUGGGAUGGGGGAACAGCAAAGCAUCUUGUCACUUUAACACACAAGUUUGAUGAGAAGAUGUUUCCUAUUUUUGGCCCUGGGCUCCAUAGUACGCCCAUGACUAUGGCUUUGGCAAAAAUAGCUGUACACACCUCAUGAUGGGCUGAUAUACUGCAGAGACAUGGUUGUUGACUUAAAGCUGUAGCAUUGAAAAUAAGAAUAAUCAGCCUUUUACAAAUAAAAAUCUUUUUAAAAACUAAAAGAUAAACUUUAGCCCUCAAAAAGGGAUGAAUUACAAAUCAGUGUAGCAAAUAAAAGAUUAAAAUCUGCCAAUGAGAAGAAAUGAAACAUAAUAAAAUUGGGGAAGACAAUCAGAAUAUAUAUAAAACGUGUUGAAUGGGACAUGAAAUAUACUAAAAUGGAAUUACUAAAAAUAAUAUAAAAGUCAGUACAUUACCUGAAAGCUUCACAAACAUUUUAAGAAAAGAUUUAAAUGAGAGACACUGCUCCAGAACGGCCUGAAACGCCUUGCUUGAACCGCCUUUUCUUCUGUAACGUGGUGAUGUCACCAAGUAACGCCGCUAGUUUGGCAUGUCCUUAAACAAAACUAGUUUAGAGCGGAGCUGCUGUGUAGUCCGAAGAGAUUGGUUCGGUUGACCAAUCACAACAGAGUGGGCCAGCUGACCAAUCAGAGCUGACUGGGCUUUUUGCGAAGGGGUGGUGGGGGGGGCAGGAGCUCAAACAGAUGUUUCAGAGAGAUGAUGAAAAGAGUUGCUGCAGCACAGCCAGUAUGGGAAAAAUAAAGUGUUUUUUGUUGGGGUUUUUAGAUGUAUGUUCUAGUAGAAACCUAAAAUACAAGUAAUAAUAAAGUCAAAAAAAAAUUAUUUGUUAUAAAAAUAAAUGUCGUAAAGAAAUGUAGUUUAUUAAAAGCCUUGCAGCUGCAUGAUGCACAAGUUAGAGCUGAGAAAUGACUUUCUGAAUGCUGACAGCGUACAGGAAAUCACAAAAACUGAGACCAAAUUUUUUAGAUGUGCCUUAUCUUUUGUUAUCACUUUAUUAUGGAGAGACAGAUGAAAAUAACACAGAAAUAACUGGUGGCCAAUACUGAUAAAGUUUGAAGAGAUGAAUAAAACUGUCUCUCUUGAUUUAUUUUUGCACUGGAGGAAAUCUGUGACAUCCAGCUCUAAUCAUUUGCUUGCUUCACUAUCUUUUUUGGCUAGUUAUGUUAUCUUUGCACAAUUUCAGUUCAAUCAGGAAUCAGUUGAAUGAACUGCCUUUAGGAAAUGCUCUUUAAUUCAUUGUUGUACUUACUUUAUAUGAUUUUGUUGAUUCUGCUCAAAUAUUGUGGUCUAAAAUGUUGGUUUUAGGAUGAUUGUGUUUGAUCACUCCCUCCCACAAAGUGUGGCCUAGAAGGAGUCCUGCUCACACAGCUUUAGGCAAUAAGAUGUCCUACUGCUGCUGCUCCGAGUCUGUAUAUGCAGAAAUCUGAAUUUGCUUUCUCCAUAUAAACACUUGUUCAAUAAAAUACAUUAAAAUCAAA